AUGUAUAUACCUGGUAUAUACGCUUCUAUAAUAACAGGAAUACUACUAUUCCCGUUCCUUAUACCAAUAAGAACAAAAAACAAACUACAAAGAAACAUAAAAACAUCAUUAAUUAUAUUAUUUAUAAUAUCAAUAUUAUCAUCAAUUGCACCAGAAACUUCACAAAUUGGAGCACCAUUUCAUAAAUACGGUAAAUCCAAAAUAGCAUUUUAUGGAUGUAAUUAUCAAAUUCAAUUAACUCAAAUUAAAUUUUGUAAUGAAGACAACAAGACAUUAGAAUGGUGUUUUUGUAAUAAUUUUAAUGCUUUUGCAACUAUAGCUCAUUGUUAUAAAAUUGGUCAUCCAAAUGAAAUUAAUUCUUUAUUAACAAUGUGUCAAGAAUUUAACAAGACAUUAUCUUUAAAUACUUUUAAUCAUGCUAAUGAUUAUUAUGAUUCUCAUGCAAAAUCAAUAUCUGAAUUACAAAAUGAAAAUCAAAAUAAUAAUGUAACUCAUUUUCCAAUAAAAUUAAAUGAAACUGAAACUCAUAUUUUUGAACAAGCUUAUGAUCACUUUUUAGGAAAUUUUGAUUUAAGUGUUGAUUAUGGUGCUUAUUUAGUAUUAUUUUGGGUUGUUGUUUUCACAUUAAUUUCAAUAAAUAAUUGGUUUAAACAUUUAUUUCCUCAAUUUUUUAAACACAUGACAGAUCCUUUGACUAACUGGUUUAGAUCAAGGAUAUCAUUACCAUCAACAAAUAACAAAAAUAAAACAAAUGAAUAUAAAUUUGCUGGUUUGAUUGAUAUGUUAGUUCCAACAAGAAUUGAAAGUAUAAUAUUAACUUCAUUUACAAUUUUAACAACAUAUUUAAUGAUUUCAAAUAUUUCAUAUACAGAAGGAGAUCCAUUGUUUCAUACUAAAAGAAAUGCAUUAUUAAGAUAUUAUGCAGUAAGAGCUAGUAUAUUAUCAAGUACAAUGAUGCCUCUACUCAUAUUAUUUGGUGGUAGAAAUAAUUUUUUACAAUGGAUUACAAAAUGGGACUAUUCAACUUUUAUAACUUUACAUAGAUGGAUAUCAAGAAUUAUUAUGAUUUUAAUUAUAAUUCAUGCUUUUAAUUAUUCUGCUUAUAUGAAAUCUAUAAAGAAAACUACAAUAGAACCAUAUUUAUAUUGGGGAACAGCUGCAUUCUUGGCUGGAGUUGUAAUAAUGAUUCAAGGUUUAUUAGUAUUACGAAGAAAAUGGUAUGAAAUGUUUUUGAUUUUACAUAUUUUAUUAGCUGGAAUAUUUAUUUUUGGAGCAUGGUUACAUGUUGAAGAAUUAUAUUGUGUUUGGUUUUAUUAUGUUUCUUCAAUGAUCUGGUUAUUUGAUAGAAUUAUUAGAGUACUAAGACUAUAUCAAUUUGGAAAUCCUCAAGCAAAAAUUUAUUUAUUAUCUGAUGAUACUUUAAAAAUUAUUGUACCAAAACCUAAAAGUUGGGAAGUUAUCCCUGGAGGACAUGCUUUUAUACAUUUUUUAAAAUGGGAUUGUUUUUGGCAAUCUCAUCCUUUUACUUAUACUUCAACAAAUCAAGAAAUUAUAUUAUUUAUUAAAGUUAAAAAGGGAGUAACUAAAAAUCUUGCCAAUUAUUUAAAAACUCAUCCAGAUAAAUAUACAACGAUACGUGUUGCAAUUGAAGGUUCUUAUGGUGAACAAACUCCAGCUUAUAAAUAUGAUAGUUCUGUAUUUAUUGCUGGUGGAAAUGGUAUACCAGGAAUUUAUGCAGAAGCUUUAGAUGUCAUAAAAAGUCAACAAAAUCAAUUCAAAGAUAAUAAAGUAAAACUUAUAUGGGUAGUUAGAGAAUAUUCAUCAUUAUUUUGGUUUUAUGAAGAAUUAAUUCAUUUACAAAAUUUAAAUUUAGAAACUACAAUAUAUAUCACAAGACCAAAUUUACCUAUAAAUGAAGAAGAUUUUAAAAGAAGAAUAAUAUCAGUAAAUUCUUUAGGAGAUAGUAAUGAAUUAUCACCAUUAUUAAAUCAAUCAUCAACUCAAUCACAAAAAUUAAGUUCAUCUUCAUUAAUAGAAAUAGAUAAUAAAUUUAAUUCAGAAUCAAUUGAUUAUAAAUCAAUAAUUAAAAAAGAAUUACAACAUAUAUCAUUUACCGAAUCAAGACCAAAUGUAAAUAAGAUAGUUGAAACUAAUAUAGAAGAAUCAAUUGGAUCAACAUGUUUUAUAACUUGUGGUCAUCCAAUAAUGGUUGAUGAAAUUAGACAAUCAGUAGUUGAAAAUAUUUAUAAUCCCGAAAAAAAGAGAGUUGAUUAUUUUGAACAAUUACAAGUUUGGGCUUAA